GGGACGCAUGCGCAUUUCAUUUUGUUCUGUGCAUGAGAGGUUGUGUUGCUGAAGUUGUUGAAGGUGCCGAAUUUGGCAACCACAGGUUCAGUCAUGGCUUAUAACUACGUCGUUACUGCGCACAAACCGACAGCGGUUAAUGCAUGUGUCACAGGAAACUUCACCAACCCAGAUGACUUGAACCUAAUAAUAGCAAGGAAUACACGCUUAGAGAUCUAUGUUGUCACGCCGGAGGGACUAAGACCAGUCAAAGAAAUUGGCAUCUAUGGCAGGGUGGCUGUUAUGGAACUGUUCAGACCACCGGGUGAAAGUAAAGAUGUGAUGUUUUUACUGACCUCCAGAUAUAAUGCUAUGAUACUGGAAUGCCAACAGGAAGGAGAGCAUAUUGAAAUCAUCACCAGAGCACAUGGAAAUGUUCAAGACAGAAUAGGACGUCCCUCUGAAACUGGCAUCAUUGGUAUAAUAGAUCCUCUCUGCCGUGUGAUAGGACUUCGGCUUUAUGAUGGGUUAUUUAAAGUCAUACCACUGGACAGAGAGAACAAAGAAUUAAAGGCAUUCAAUAUAAGAUUAGAAGAACUGUAUGUGAUAGAUGUCCAGUUUUUAUUUGGUUGUCAAGUUCCAACCAUUAUUUUGGUUCACCAGGACCCACAUGGAAGACAUGUCAAAACAUACGAAAUUUCUUUGCGGGAUAAAGAGUUCCAAAAGGGUCCAUGGAAACAAGACAAUGUGGAAACUGAGGCCUCCAUGGUGAUAGCAGUUCCAGAACCAUUUGGGGGAGCUCUAAUAAUAGGACAGGAGUCCAUCACGUACCACAAAGGAGAAAACUACUUGGCCAUUGCACCACCCAUGAUAAAACAAAGUACUAUAACCUGCUAUGGUAAGGUGGAUUCUAAUGGGUCUCGCUAUCUCCUGGGGGACAUGCAGGGCAGGCUCUUCAUGCUUCUUUUGGAUAAAGAAGAAAAGAUGGAUGGCACCAUGACAGUUAAAGAUUUGAAAGUGGAACAUCUAGGGGAAACCACUAUUGCUGAAUGUAUUACAUAUUUGGACAACGGUGUGGUUUAUGUAGGUUCCAGACUGGGAGACUCACAACUGGUGAAACUGAAUGUUGAAGCAGAUGACGCAGGCUCUUAUGUUCAGACAAUGGAAACCUUCACUAACCUUGGUCCUAUUGUGGACAUGUGUGUAGUUGAUCUGGAGAGACAGGGACAAGGACAGCUUGUGACGUGUUCAGGUGCCUUCAAAGAAGGCUCUCUGCGUAUAAUAAGAAAUGGUAUUGGAAUACAUGAGCAUGCCAGUAUAGACCUGCCUGGGAUUAAAGGUAUUUGGCCUUUGAGGGUAGGGUCCACAGACUAUGACAAUAUGCUAGUCUUGUCAUUUGUUGGCCAAACGAGAGUUCUCAUGUUAAGUGGAGAGGAAGUAGAAGAAACAGAAAUUCCUGGAUUUGAUGGAAACCAACAGACAUACCAUUGUGGAAAUAUUACUGGAAAUCAAAUUGUACAGAUUACUUCAUCAUCAAUUCGACUUGUGGGUUGUUCAACCAAAACAUUAGUGUCAGAGUGGAAGCCACCUUCUGGCAGGAAUAUCAGUGUUACAAGCUGCAACAAAUCGCAGAUUGUUUGUGCUGCAGGAAGUGAAAUAUAUUAUGUGGAAAUUGGAAAAGGCCAGUUAAAUCAAAUCAGUGAUACCAAAAUGGAUCAUGAGGUUGCCUGUUUGGAUAUUACUCCUCUGACAGAGGGCUCAGAUAAAGCUGAGAUCUGUGCAGUAGGACUGUGGACAGACAUCUCAGCCCGCAUUCUCAAGUUACCAAAUUUUGACAGCAUGCACGUUGAAAUGCUGGGAGGAGAAAUUAUUCCACGUUCUAUCCUCAUGACUCCUUUUGAAGGCAUCCACUACCUCCUGGUUGCAUUAGGAGAUGGAUCUCUCUUUUACUUCAACAUGGAUGUCAAAACAGGAUACCUCAGAGACAAAAAGAAGGUGACUCUGGGUACUCAGCCAACAAUGUUGAAAACAUUCAAGUCCCUGUCCACUACCAAUGUAUUUGCCUGCUCUGACAGGCCCACAGUGAUCUAUUCUAGUAAUCACAAGCUUGUCUUCUCAAAUGUUAACCUCAAAGAGGUCAAUCACAUGUGCCCAUUGAACUCUGAAGGCUAUCCUGACAGUCUUGCUCUUGCAAACAACAGCACCCUGACAAUAGGAACAAUAGAUGAGAUUCAGAAACUUCAUAUCAGAACAGUGCCAUUAGGAGAAUCACCAAGGAGGAUAGCCUAUCAAGAAGCCACGCAAACAUUUGGCGUGAUCUCAAUGCGUAUGGACAUCCAGGAUUCUGGUGGUAUCACUCCAUCUCGGCACAGUGCCAGUCUCCAGGCCCAGACUGUGUCCAGCAGCUCCAACAGCAAGGUCCUGUCCAGCACCAGGAAGGAGAGUAGUUAUGGAGAUGAAGUAGAAGUGCAUUCACUGCUGAUUUUAGAUCAGCACACUUUUGAAGUUCUCCACUCUCACCAGUUCAUGAACAACGAGUUUGCAGUAAGUCUGAUCUCUGCAAAACUGGGAGAUGAUGGCAAUGUGUACUAUAUAGCAGGGACAGCAGUGGUGUUCCCUGAUGAUGCUGAACCAAAGCAAGGACGGAUUGUUAUCUUCCACUGGCAUGAUGGCAAACUAACUCAGAUAGCGGAAAAGGAGAUCAAGGGAGCAGCAUACACACUGGCAGAGUUUAAUGGAAAGAUACUGGCCAGCAUCAACAGCACAGUCCGUUUAUUUGAGUGGACUAAUGACAAGGAAUUGAGACUGGAGUGUAGUAGUUUUAACAACAUAAUUGCUCUUUACUUGAAAACAAAAGGAGACUUUAUUCUAGUUGGUGACUUGAUGAGGUCCAUUACUCUGCUCCUGUACAAGCAAACAGAGGGUACAUUUGAAGAGAUUGCAAGGGACUUUAAUCCAAACUGGAUGUCGGCCAUAGAAAUUUUGGAUGAUGACACUUUUCUUGGUGCUGAGAAUUCUUUUAAUUUGUUCACAUGCCAAAAAGAUAGUGCGGCAACCACAGAUGAGGAAAGACAGCAUUUACAGGAAGUUGGAUUAUUCCACUUGGGAGAAUUUGUAAAUGUCUUCAGGCAUGGUUCUCUGGUGAUGCAGCACCCAGGGGAGACGACCACACCAAUCCAGGGGUCUGUUCUCUAUGGGACAGUCAAUGGAGCUAUUGGUUUGGUCACCCAGCUGCCCCAAGACUUCUACAACUUUAUGUUGGACAUCCAAACAAGAUUGAGCAAAGUGAUAAAAAGUGUUGGAAAGAUUGACCAUUCCUUCUGGCGAUCAUUUUACACAGAGAGAAAGACGGAACCAAGUACGGGAUUCAUAGAUGGUGAUUUGCUGGAGAGUUUCCUAGAUCUCAGCAGGGACAAGAUGCAAGAGGUGGUCACAGGAAUGCAGAUUGAUGAUGGUAGUGGCAUGAAAAGAGAGGCAACUGUAGAUGACUUGGUGAAGACCAUUGAAGAAUUGACAAGGAUUCAUUAGUUUCAGCUUUCCAAUACACUGAAUAUAGUUGCUUCUUUAGUGAGGAUGGAAUGCCCAUCAUUUUCUAGAAUCCUGAUAACCCUGGGAAGUGUCAAUGAAAUGCCAACUUUAUUUGGAAAAUUUCGCAGAAUGCCAAUCUAGUUGUUGGUUGAAAAUUUCAAGAUGUAAAUUCUUUUCAGUUCACGGUGGAUUUGAGAUUUGCAGUUGUCAGAGCAAGAGAUUGACCAAAAUAGCAUUUGUAACUACAGAACAUUGUCCCAACAAGUUGCAUUGUUGCACAUGAAGAUCUAACUGCACACAAGUUCUGGACAACCAACAAUUCUAUUUUAUCCGUUAUAACAAUCCUUGAACCCUAUAGUGUGUAGUUUGCUGCUCUGAAGAUAAAUGCAAACCAUGAGAAAUGUGUAUAUAGUGCCAGGUAGAUUAAAGGACAAUUACUUGUCAGGUUUUGCAGAACAUUUUCAGUGUAAAUGAAAAUGAAGAAAUACUGUUAAAUCCAAAAUCUUCAAUACAGUGAAAUUAAGGGAGCCUUAUUGAAACAAUUGUUGCUUAUUGUAAGUUUUCAAAAUUGAAUUAUGUACAAAAACAUAUUGGCUUCCCCAUGUUCUACAAAGAAUAUUAAAUAAAGAUUUGAGCAAUUAAGAAUA